UAGAAAAUUAAACUAAAACUAAUAGAUUUUAAAUUAGUAGAUUUAUAAAGUAACAAAUGAUUGUUAAGUUCUGUGUUGAAACUAAAUUAAGAAGUGCAAAUUUUAAUAUUUUACAUAUCCAUAACAAGUUUAAUAAAAAUGAAUGUGAAAGAAGUUUAUGAUGAAAAAGUUUAUAAAUUAAUUUCAUGGGUGCAAAAACAGUUUCUAUCAGGCGAACCUGUGACUGGUGAUUUUUUUGAGGAUUUGUUGAAAGACAUAACAUGGGACAAUCAGCAAAUUUUAUUAAAUUCAACAGUAUUACAUCCAUUAGUCAAGAAAUAUCUUAUUAAAAAAGACUAUCAACGAAAUUUUUUACGAACUAUCAUAUCUACACUCGAGAAACAAAAUAUCGAAGUACACGAUGAUUUAUAUACCAAUUUCUGUAGAUUAAAUACAGAAGAAAACUGUGAUAAAAAGUCUUAUAAACACUACAUAGUAGAUAAAGGAGGUUUAAAAACUAUUAUUACUAUUAAGGAAUCAAUAAGUUUUGUAUCAGAAGGAACAACUGGCCUUUGCAGUUGGGAGGCAUCACAAGCUUUGGCAGAAUAUUUUAUAGAAAAUUCAAAUUUAGUAAAGAAUCAAACGAUUCUUGAACUUGGAGCUGGCAUAGGUUUAACAGCACUAUUUUUAUGGACAAUUUGUGAACCAAAAAAAUACUAUGUUUCUGAUUGCCAUAAAUCAGUGCUUGAUCUAUUAAGUGAAAAUAUUGCACUGAAUUUUAGUGAUCAGCGUAAUGAAUACUUGGAAUUUACAAAUUUUACUGUUUGCACCGAGAACAAAAUGAAUGAUGUGGAUACAAGAUUUAUAAAAACAUGGAGAAGUCCAGAGGAUAAUGAGCUAAGUGUAGUAAAUUUAUUAUGGGAAGACACAGAUUAUUUGGAGGAGUUUUCAGAUAUAGAUUUAAUUCUUGCUGCUGAUGUAGUUUAUGAUCCAAGUAUCAUUCCAUGUUUGUGCAACUGCCUUAAAUUAUUAUUGAUGAAAAAUGGAAAAAAUAAUUGUACUGCAUAUAUUGCAUGCACAGUUAGAAAUCAAGAUACAAUUUUGAAUUUUGUCAACAAAAUAGGAAACUUACAACUUGAAAUAUCAAAAAUGACCAGAUUUGCAUUUCCACAGAGUGGCACAAAAUAUAAAACACCAGUGGAUAUUUAUAAAAUAUGCUUGAAGAGAUGACAGAAAAC